GUGCGAACAACGUCGAGGUUUUUAUCAGUCCCUUUUUGGAAGUUUGGAGGAAGACAUUAAGUGCAGUAUCAUCCAGCGAGGCAUCAUAUAUUGUUACCUGCACUAUAUUAUUUUUCAGGUCCCCCCCCCCCCCCAUUUCUUGCUCAGGGAGAGACAAAUGGAUCUGUUGGCUUCUAUUCUGUGGUUUGGGGGAAAUUUGCUUUCUGAUUCUUGUAUUUUUGUUGGAUCAUUUAUUUGUUGGUCAUUUCAGCACAGAAAAACAGCGAAGGGCGUUUGGGAGUUAGCUGGCAAGUCAAUCCCGCUUGGCAAGGUGGACGGACGAAUUUCGAGAGACCUUGGUCUAUUAGGCAGAAAGGGAGGGCCAAAUGGCUAGAUUUGUCCGAUGAGUGGAAACCGAAGCUGGCUUAAGUCUAGUAGUGCAUAACGUGUCAUUCUACACGAUCAUGUCUUUUUAUGUGUAGUGUAAUUGGAGGUUGCCUACGGGGAAGAUUGGAGGAAGUAGAUAAAGGGAAGAGAGGGGCUGAUGGAGAGAAUACAGCUUUCACGUUUCCUCCCUCGGGGAAGAAAAGAAGCUUCUUUCGUUCUGGCG